GUUAUAUAUGAUUUUGAAUUCAUAUUGAGAGUUUGUAUAUCCUCCAACGCUAUCAUGAAGACAACAAAAUCUUGCCUAUAAAUACAUGGCCUUUGUGGUGCUUGUUCUCUCACAUACUACAUAACCUUGUAUCUACAACAUAAGGAUGGUAGAUAUGAGGUUUCUUGUUGCUUGCGUUGUGCUUUGGGUGCAUUACUCUUGCGGGGCACUCGCAAUUAGCAACACCACUGUCAAGUGCAGAGUCAAGGAACGACUCUCUCUUCUUUCUCUCAAACGUGGCUUUGUUGAUCCCCGUGGCUGCCUCUCUUCCUGGGGAAGUUCAGAGAACCACACAGAUUGUUGCACAUGGAAUGGUGUUUCCUGUGACAGCCGAACAGGCCAUGUGGAUGCACUCGAUCUUUCUUACUACAGUUUGGAAGGAAACAUACCUCUCAAUUUGGGAUAUUUGUCUCGCUUGCAAACACUUUACCUUGAGGGAAACCAGCUUGAAGGUGGCAUACCCAAAUCCUUGGCUUUAUGCAACUUAACAGUGUUGGAUCUAUCUGACAACUCCUUGAGUGGACAAUUAGAUGAGUUCGUUGCAUCAUUCGACCAAUGUGGUAGCAUAUCACUACAGAACUUAGAUUUAUCUUAUAAUUGUUUUACGGGGUCGGUACCUAAUUUCUCACGGUUCUCAGUUUUGGAAAGAUUAUAUCUCUCCGACAAUCAACUCAACGGAACUGUAAAUGGUGGCAUUGGAUUAUUGUCAAAGCUACAAACGUUAGACAUUGCUUCUAAUUUCUUGCACGGUAUCAUAGCUGAAACUCAUUUCUCGAGACUCUCUCAGCUAGGGUACUUGGACAUGUCUCUUAACAACUUGGAAUUUAAAAUCAGUCCUGAUUGGAUCCCCCCUUUUCAGUUAUUCCACAUUCAUGUAAGAUCAUGUAAGUUGGGCCCUGGCUUUCCAAAUUGGCUUCGAACCCAGAAGUCGGAUUUGUCAUUAGAUAUUUCAAAUGCUGAAAUUUCUGAAUCUGGAUUUGAGCUCAAAUUUGUUCGAAGGCUCAAUUCCAUCAAAUUUUUCACAGACAGCUAUGGUGAUUAUGUUGAUCCAAAUAAUCGCGGUCCCUCCUCAACAGAGGACAUUGCGACACUGGUAUGGAAAGGUAAGGUGUCCAAAUACCAAAGUAUAUUGAGAUUAGUUAAAAGCAUCGACCUCUCUUGCAACAUGUUGAUGGGAGAAAUUCCAAGUGAACUGAUGGAUCUUGUUGAAUUGGUUGCCUUAAACAUUUCAAGAAACAUGCUCAGUGGAAAAAUCCCUGCCACCAUUGGACAACUAAAGUCAUUGGACUUUCUUGAUUUGUCAAGGAACCACUUAUCUGGACGCAUUCCUUCAGAACUUUCACAAGUGGAUCGUCUUGGUGUGAUGGAUUUAUCACACAACAAUUUGUCAGGAGAAAUUCCUCAUGGCACUCAACUUCAAAGCUUUGAUCCCUCUGCUUAUGAGGGAAAUGCUCAUCUAUGCGGUGCUCCCCUUCCAAAAUGUCCCACAAGCCCAACACAAGAUCAUCCAAAUGAUGAGAAUUCUGAAGAAGAUGAGCAAAUUUUCGGUCGAGGUUUCUUUAUCAGCUCGUCCAUCGGACUUGGAACAGGAUUUUGGGGAAUUUGCAGCUUAAUAUUUCUGAGCAAAGCCUUCAGAUAUGCCUAUUUUAGGUUAAUGAGUGGCAUACAUGACAAAGUGUAUGUGAUCGUUGCUAUAAAUGUGGCCAAACUGCGCAGGUGGAGGAGAGGUUCAACUUGA